CAAUGAUUCACAUGCAGGCUCAGCUUGGUCGGGAUGACAUUGCAGUAAUUCUGAGAAGAAUGUUUUCCUGUUAAACCACAUCAAUAGUAACGAUCUUGCAACAAUCAAAACAUUUUAGUCAGACUAUUUAGCCAAGUACAUAAUUCCAGGUAAGUAUCUUAUUAACGAAAUUUCUAGAUAGAGAGAGAAAAGUAGUACAAUGUGGGGUUAACAGGAAGUGUAUCAGUCACUCUGUGAUGAAUACCUGGGCUUGUUUUCUUUAAUGAGUCUCGAAAGGAGCGAGAAGCUGGCGAAUCUUGGCAGGACAGGGAACUUUCUAUAACAUGACAGCAUUUAUAUAAUAGAGAGGACUUUUUCUGUCAUCUCAGGACAGAGAAGAAUGAAGACCUGCCAAGAUUAAGCCGCUUUGCUACAGUGUGACUCACAUGGCUUUAUUUCAUGCAUUCCCAAACCAGAAGUCAAGAAUGUUAUGCCCAAGGAAAAAAAAACCUAAUCUUGCAAAAUGCACAGCCAUUGCAGUCCCGUCUAUGAAAGGACACGGAUAUCUGGAUUAUACCAUUGAAAACCAUACUUCUAAGGCUUUUGAGAAAAUGGAUGAGUUGAGAAGAAAUAACAUACUGUGUGAUGUUCUUUUGAGAGUCAGUUAUAAUGGUAAAGAGGAAGACUUUCAUGUUCACAAGAUAGUUCUUGCUUCUUGCAGCCCGUUCUUCAGGGCCAUGUUUACCAAUAACUUUCGUGAGUGCCAUGCUCGGGAAGUCCCCAUCAAAGACAUUUGCCCCAAAGUAAUGCAGAGGUUAAUAGAGUUUGCAUACACUUCAAGAAUAACUGUUGGGGAAAAGUGUGUUUUGCAUGUACUUUUGGCUGCCAUGAGGUAUGUAAUGGAAGAUGUCGCAAAAGCCUGCAGUGACUUCCUUGUUAAACACUUGGAUGCCAGCAAUGUCAUUGGGAUUUCUAAUUUUGCAGAGCAAAUUGGAUGUAUAGAGUUGUACCGAAAAGGAAGAGAAUAUAUCAAUACACAUUUUAAUGAGGUCACAAAUGAGGAAGAGUUUCUCAGUUUAAGUCAUUGUGAGCUACUGGACCUGGUCAGCCAAGACAGUCUGAAUGUACUUUGUGAGUCUGAGGUAUACAAUGCUUGCUUAAAGUGGAUGCAAUGGGAUCUGAAAAACAGGGCAGAGUAUUUUCAUGUCUUGCUAAAUGCUGUUCAUAUUUAUUCCCUGCCUGCAAAAUUCCUGGAGAUUCAGCUAAAGAAGUGCCCCAUUCUCAGUAAGGAAAACAGAUGCAGAGUCUAUCUAUCAAAGAUUUUCCAGGAAAUGUGUUUGCACAAACCACUUCCUCGCCCCAAACAGAGAGGCAACCAGUUAAUUUAUGUAGCAGGGGGAUAUCUCCAAAACUCACUGAAUUCCAUGGAUGCAUUUAACCCACAGACUGGAGAAUGGUUAAAGCUAGCUGACAUGCUGGAACCAAGGAGUGGACUAGGGGCCUGUAUUGUAUCUGGUUUAUUUUAUGCAGUAGGAGGGAGAAAUAACUCUUGCCAAGAAAAUACAGAUUCAGAUUUACUUAGAAUCUUCAACCCUGUGACAAACCAGUGGACAUCAAGAGCACCUAUGAAUGCGGCCAGAAACCGGGUUGGAGUAGCUGAGAUAGAUGGGGCCAUUUAUGCUGUUGGAGGGUCCUGUGGAUCUGAACACCACAAAAGUGUUGAAAAGUAUGAUCCAGAAAAUGACAGAUGGACAUUUGUUGCUUCUUUGGCAAUUGCACGUAUUGGUGCUGGAGUGGUUGAGUGUCGGGGCUGUUUAUAUGUAGUUGGUGGAUUUGAUGGAGAAACACGCUGGAACACUGUAGACUGUUAUAAUCCUGAAGAAGACCAGUGGCAAUCUGUGUCAUCUAUGGAGACCAUUCGGAGUGGGGCAGGAGUGGUGGCCCUGGAUAACUACCUGUAUGCUAUUGGAGGCUACGAUGGUACCAAUCAGUUAGACAGUGUAGAGCGAUACAACAUUGAGAGGAAUUACUGGGAGGGCAUGGCACCAAUGAAACACAGACGGAGUGCCCAUGGCGUGACUGUUCACCAGGGAAAGAUAUAUGCUCUCGGUGGAUUUAAUGCUGGUGGUUUCCUCUCAUCUGUUGAGCGAUACUGCCCAGAUAGAAAUGAGUGGACAGAAGUAACUGAGAUGCCCAUAGGUUGCAGCGGCAUGGGUGUUGCAGUAACCAUGGAACCUUGCCUCCAAAUUCAUGAUAACAAUGAAGAGGAAUGAUCUGUUCUUGUUAUUUAGUUCACAGUUCAGCUGGAUAUAUAUCUUCAACUGAGUUAUUGGCUACCUCAUUACAUCAUGCUGUAGUUGUGUCUGAGUUUUCAUACCACAGCCUAAAUUUAAUGCAGUGGAUAUUUAUUUAUUUCUGAAGACUGACAAGAUUGGGGAAUGUUCCAGGCUAGCUACGCGGUAUAUAUGAAAACAAGGGGUUUAUUAAGAUGCCAAAUUCUCCAAUCCAGUGUAUGAAAAGGAAAUUCAGCAUAACGCAAGAGUAUCAUCAAGGAGGGUGUUUGGAUGUAGCUAGACUGGGACUGGCAAACUGGAGACUCUAUAGUGGGCUUGUGUGGCAUUGCAAUCCAGACAUAGCUGUAACCAUGUAAAGGUUUCUUUCCGAAACCCUGACCAACUCAAAAUACAUAAGAGGUCAUUUAUCAGGAGUGAGAACAAGCUCUAGGCGCAAAUGGUGCAGCUAUUGGUCACUGAACUCCUCUGUGAAUUAUAAUAACCUUAUUUACAGUAGGGGUUCAUUAUUCACAAUAUAUGUAGUUCAUUUUAUUGUAGAGAUCUUCACCCUACAGUUGUACUAUAACACAACCACAAACAUCUUGUAUCUUUUGUAUAACAAAUAUUCAGCUUCCACAAAGUGUGCAAUCAGUAUGGGGUUCAUACAGUUGGGAGUUAUAAAGAUAGACCUCAUACUGAUUGCAAGAUUCUGCAUUCAAAGUACAUUUUGUGAAGUAAAUAAAAAGUCUAAACUGUAUUUGUUAUACAUUAUAAUUACAGAUUAAGCAAUAACAAUUUGCCUGUGUUACUAUUAAAGGCACCAAAGGGUACACGGGUCACUUAAGUGCAGUGUAUGUGCAAUGUGCAACAAAUAGAUGCAAUCCACAGGACUACAUCCCCCUCAUACAGAUGAACCCCAUACUGUUUGCACACUUAGAUUUUGCACUCAAUGUCCAUUUUGUAGAAUAUGUAAAUAAAAAUUCUACCCUGCUUGUAUAGAACCCUGCUGCUGCAUGCAUAGAAGGUGGUUAGUAACAAGAAGAGGUUAAGGCAGAAAGUACAGAGAAAACUCAUCCAGUAAAUAAGUUAAUCUGCUGCAAAGCUUUAGGGUCUCUAGAGGGACUAGAGACAUUUUCAUAAUGCUGUCCUUGAUACAAUGACACUAUACUGCCACCGGCUAUAACCCAGAAAAAACAAUUAUAAGUUAAAUUGUGCUAGCUUAGUGUACCUAUAUUAGUAAAUAUAUUAUUGGAUUAUAUGUCUUACUGGACAAAGGCAUUAUUUGCUGUAAUUGUGCAUAAUUCUGUAUUUAUCACAUAUCAGCACACAUUAAAGGGGAUGGUUUACCUUCACAUUAACUUUUAAUAUAUUAUAGAAUGGGCCAUUCUCUAAACUGUUUGUAAAAAGUAAUACAAUCUGUCUGUGUGAAUAUGUUUGUAUAUACAGUAUAUGCACAUAUAUGACUUCAUUUGAUACUUUAUAAUUUAAUCAUACAGAGAAUAUGAUAUAUAUUUAUAUUGCUUUUUACACAAGUGUAAUUGUUAUACAAUGACCCAAUCUUACAGUAAAUAGGUAUUAUGAUAUAAAAUAUUAAAGGAACAGUAACACCAAAUCAUUACAUUACAGUGUCUAAAGUAAUACAAAUGUACUGU